UGCUAGAAAUGCUUUCGGUUCACCACGAGCGUCAGCUUUCGUUUUCUCUUGACGGUGGAAGUGUUGAGUACGCGUUGUUCAACUAGUUAUUCGAGUUCAACUAGUAAUUUUCGCUCGAUGCGCUUUAAAAGGGCUCUGAGGUUUUUGUUCGGUGGUGUGUUAGGGUUUUUUCGUACUUUGAUUGCUUUGGGAUGGAGUCUUCUCAGUAAACUUCGUUUGAGAUAUAACGUUACUCGUCAGAUUAACAUGUCAGAUGAUGAGUGCGAGUUUGACUCCACAUGGGAGGAUGAAGACGAAAAUAAAACACACAGAAAGAAGGACUUUCACAUCCACGGAGGGAGUCGCAGGAACAUGUUUGCUGCAAGGGACAUGCAAGCCUUUCGACAUAGUUGUCGGGGCUUGGAUGAAAACAGUGAUGAUGAUGAUGGUGCUGGUGAACAAUAUAAAGGCCACUUCUAUAAUCUAGACUUUUACCGUGGUAAAUUAAGAUCUUCACCUGAUGAACUGUACAUCAGUGAUUUUCACCAGUGGUGGGGUAACUAUGACUUGCUGGAAGAUGUCCACUCCUACAUUCAGUGGUUGUUUCCAAUACAAGAGCCGGGGGUGAAUUGGAGAGCACAUGUUCUCUCGAAAAAGGAAAUAAAGCUUUUCCGUAAAGAUAAGGAAGUAAAGAAAAAAUUGGUGCAAUCAUAUAAGCUCAUGUUGGAUUUCUACGGUAUAUAUUUGAAGGAUGACUCAACAGGAGAAGUGGCUCGUGCUUCUAACUGGAAGGACCGUUUUAAAAACCUGAACAGACAUACACAUAACAACUUGCGCAUCACACGCAUCCUGAAGUGUUUGGGGACUCUAGGAUUGAAGCACUACCAGGCCCCUCUGGUGAAGUUUUUCCUCAAUGAAACUCUUGUCAACGGACAGCUUCAAAAUGUGAAGCACAGUGUACUAGAUUACUUUAUGUUUGCUGUAUUGGACAAGUCAGAGAGAAGGGACCUUGUUAAAUUUGCCUAUAAGCAUUUUGAGCGCAAAGAACAAUUUGUCUGGGGGCUCAAGAAGAUUCUGUCAGGUCAGGUGGCGCACUGCAAUAAUGAAAACAUGGACCAGCCAACAGAGAAUAAUAGUAGUAGUGCAGAAGAUCAGCAGAAAAGGGUGAAUUUCGAACAUGAAAUUGAAAAAACAGAGGCUAGUCAUCCUCCUAAAGAGAGGCAAAGUAAAAAAGAUCACCAGAAUAAAGAUGAGCCAGUUAUUACUACACCAGAACAUGAGGGUGUAGUAAAAAAAAAAAAAAUCAAGAUUUGACUGUUCGAGUCAGUGAUGAUAAUGAAAACAUAGCACCAGCUAACAAGUCUCAUGGUCAUGGUGCUGUUAGUGGUUCUCACCAAACUGAAGAGAAGAGCAAAAACGAUCACCAAAAUAACGAUGAGCCAGUUUUUCAAAACAAAAUGACAGAAACAAAUAGUGAUAAGUGGGAAAAUAAGAGUAGACAAUGCAGCUCAGAAAAUGGGGAUGAAGUAAAGCAAAAUCAUGAAACGGGUGUUGGUGAUGGUGUUGGUGUUGGUGUUGGUGAUGGUGAUGGUGUCGGUGUUAGUGAUAAUAACGAAAACAUAGCACCAGCUAACAAGUCUCAUGGUCAUGAUGCUUUUGGUGGUUCUCACCAAACUAAAGAGGGGUCUUCAUGUCAGGUGCAUGAUGUAGAAAUUAAGGAUGAAACUGAAGAUAAAGAAUCAGAAGAUAACCAAAAAAGAUCGAAUCUCCAUGAGAGCGAACAUGAAAUUGAAAAAAAAGAGGCUAGUCAUUCUCCUCAAGAGAUGAAAUGUAGAAAAGAUCACCAAAAUGAGAAUGAACCAGUUAUUCCAAAUCAAAUGACAGAAGCAAAUAGUGUCAGUGUUAGUGAUGAUAACGAAAACACUGCACCAGCAAACAUGUCUCAUGAUCAUGAUGCUGCUAGUGGUUCUCACCAAACUAAAGAGGGGUCUUCACGUCAGGAGCGUGAUGUAGAAAUGGAGGAUGAAACUGAAGAUAACCAAAAAAGGUUGAAUCCCCAUGAGAGCGAACAUGAGGCUAGCCGUUCUCCUGAAGAGACAAAAAGUAAAAAAGAGGGGACAUCAUGUCAGGUGCGUGACGUAGAAAUGAAGAAUGAAAAUGAAAAUAAACAUGAAAAAUCUGAAAAUGAGCAGUAAAGGGUGAGGUCAGUUAGUCCAAACAAAUUGACAGCAAAAAAAAUAUAUGACUUAUUAGGGAGCAAAUGAGAGCAGUCAGUGCAGCUCAGAAAAUGAAAGUGUAGAAAAGCAACAUCGAGAUGAGUGAUUGUGAUGAUAUCGAUUACAUAACACCAGCAAACAUGUCUCAUGCUGAUGAUGUUAGUGGUUAGAGUCUUCAUGUGAGAUGUCUGACAUGUCUCAUGGGGAUGAUAAGGAUAGUCUUAUAGACAGAAAAUAUAUUAGAAUGUCCUUUAUGAUUUAAGUUAAAGUGCUAUUCUUAAAGAUGAAUGUUUUUUUUUUCUUUCUUAGCAGAUUGUCAAAAGGCAAAAAAAAUAACAUGAUAAAAGUACAUAUUAGGAAAUGUAAUUAUUAUAUUGAUGUUUUCUUCUUACUUUUUUAUGGAUUGUAUUGAUGAAUUGUUAGUUGUUAACUGCUAAAAAAGUAAAUGUAAUCUCUUCACUGACAAAACAUCUAUGACUAAAGCCUGACUGCUUUACAGGAAAUUAAGUAUAGUGAAAUUGUGAUGAAGCAAAGUUGCACUAUAAAAAUUAGCACCAGUAAAUGUUUGAUUUGCGAGUUUUAUGAUUUUGUCUACUAUGAUUAAUUAUUUUUUGGAGAACACUGGAAAUUGGAAAUACUGAAAAUGUAUUGAUGCUUGAAGUUGAAGUGAGUUUAAAAAAGUUAAAUAUUUAAUCAUGUAAUUUAGCUAAUAAAAUAAAAUGCUAAAAUAAAGCCUGUUACAUACUACACUGUACAUGUAACAGAAAUUAAUUGAAUAUUAAAAGCUGUUUAAAAAGUU